GUUGUUGUAUAAACCUGAAACCCCGAGAAAAUCGCGUUUUGAGAUUUUAAUAGAAGGCACGAAAAUGGUAGCCGAGCGAAAGAUCUGGGACGCUAUGGAGGUCGCACAGGAAGCUAGAGACUGUUGCAGCUCUGACAUUCAUUCUUCGCAACUCACCGUUGACACCUCUCUUUCUCUAUCUGAUAUGUCUCCUCGUCUCAUAGAGUUAUGCAAGGAUCUGUUCAAGAAAUGGUCAAGAUUGGAAGAUUCUUGCUUCACAAUUGAGACGGUUUCUGGUGGUAUAACAAAUUUAUUGCUUAAGGUAUCUGUGAAGGAAGAAAAUGGAAAUGAGGUAUCUGUAACUGUCAGAUUAUAUAGUCCUAACACCGAUUAUUUUAUCAAUCGUGAGAGGGAGUUGCAGGCUAUCAAAUACCUAUCAGCAGCUGGAUUUGGUGCUAAGUUGCUUGGUGUAUUUGGAAAUGGCAUGGUGCAGUCUUUUAUCAAUGCACGGACACUAACUCCAGCAGAUGUGAGAAAGCCAAAGCUGGCUGCAGAAAUUGCCAAGCAACUUCGUAAAUUCCAUGCAGUGGAAAUUCCAGGUUCUAAAGAACCUCAGUUAUGGAAUGACAUCUUCAAGUUCUAUGAGAAUGCAUCCAUUCUUCGAUUUGAUGAUAUUGAGAAGCAAAGAAAAUUUGAGACAAUUUUAUUCAAAGAAGUUUAUGAUGAAGUAGUUGAAAUCAAGGAAUUGACAGGUCGUCUUAAUGCUCCCAUGGUUUUUUCUCAUAAUGACCUGCUUUCGGGGAAUCUUAUGCUUAAUGAAGACGAAGGUAAACUCUACUUCAUUGAUUUUGAGUACGGUUCCUACAGUUACAGAGGUUUUGACAUUGGAAAUCACUUCAAUGAAUAUGCGGGUUAUGAUUGUGACUACAGCUUAUACCCAAGUAAGGAUGAACAAUAUCAUUUCUUUAGGCAUUAUCUACGACCUGACAAACUGGAUGAGGUAUCUGACAAGGACCUUGAAGCUUUAUACAUAGAGACAAAUACUUUCAUGUUAGCUUCGCACUUAUUUUGGGCCUUAUGGGCAAUAAUCCAGGCAAAGAUGUCUCCAAUAGAUUUUGAUUAUCUUGGCUAUUUCUUCUUGCGAUACAAUGAAUACAAAAAACAGAAGGAAAAGAGUUGCUCACUGGCACGUUCUUACCUCUCAGGAUGUGGGAGUGGAUAGUUUUCUGGUCAUUUUCACGCGUUGCUAGCAGCAUUGUUCUGUAUUAUAUGGACUUGUUGUGAUAUGAAUAGUAAAACAAUGUGUUGCGAAUAAGUUAGUGGCUUGGCUUGAUUAGAUGAUACGGUGUGUAUUGGCAAUGGUAAUGUCAAUAGUCUCCAGCCAAGUUACCUAGUUGUUGGGCAAGUUGUUAUGCUGGUCGGAGUGUUAGCCAUUGAGAAUGGGAUUAUAGAGUAAGUAGUUACAUGGGUGGGAAAAGUAGAGUAGUUGUUGAGAGUUUUUAGAUUCUGUUAGCAGAUUAGCUAUAAGAUUUGUAACUGUUGUAUUGUAAAUCAUUCUUGAUUCUUCUUAAUGAAAAGUUGAUUGAGUUUCUCUUC